CCGAGGAUGAGUUUUUACAGAAUAAAACCUGGUCUUCAAAGUCAGACUUUCAGUAACGAUAAAAUUAAAUUGAUAGACCUGUUAUCAUAAUUGAAGAUAAUUAUGGAAGCUGGAAGGUCAAACGACCCAGAACACAUUUUGUUUGAAUGUGAUUUGAGAUAUUUGAUAAGGCAAGUCAAGGUAGAGCGAUACCGUGUGUUUGGAGUCCUCAUUUUAUCCCCAUACUUGAUCCUAACUGUUUUAAACUCGCUUUUAUGUGACUGCAUACCUGUACUUAUUCUGCCAGCAGCUCCACGCGAAACGUUUGUUCCUGACAAGGCUAAAUCUAAAAUUCGGAUGAACAGGAUGCACACCUGAAAUCAAAUACAUAAAUAAUAUCACUACGUUAUUUUCAUGAUCGGUGCAGCCGAACUUUUAAUACAGCUAGCGGUACACAUCAAUUACGCCAAACAAUAAGCUUUACGGUGGAAUUUGAAAAAUUAUGGUGUUCCACUUUACCACAGAGCUGAUGAAUUUCUUUAUAGCUUGAAAAAAUAUGUCAGCUUAUCGAAUGUAUCGUUUACUUUAUCAAAAGUUUCAUUUCUACAACUAUUGUAUAUAUAACAUUCAGGGAAGAUUUUUCAGUAAAUCAAAUUAUAAAAUUACUACAUUAUUUGAAAAUGCAACAAAGCAGGAUAUUUCGAGAUCAUACAUUAACUCUGUUUUAUCACCAUUAGGUGAUUUUACUGUUUCAGUUAGUGAUUGUAGAGAUAUGAACAACAACUUACCUUCAACUCACUUAUCAUUUUGGCCUUGUCUUCUGAACUACGCUAGUUAUCAUGAUUGUCCUGAAUUAAGAAGAUCAUUAACCAACUACAUUUUGAGUGAUAUAAAUGAACAUAGCAAUGCUACAUUAAUGUGUACAUUAAAAUUGUUAGGCAUUCAAGAACGUUAUACUGAAUUCAAAAGUUUGUACGACUAUUUUUUGCUUCGAUUAAAUGCCGUAGAAAAAAAAGUUUUUCAAAAUGAUAUAGCGAAAUCGGUCGCACGGACACCGUUUUGGAGAGACACACCUGAAUUAUUAUUCUCUUCAGAAACGAAAAAAUGUGAUAAUUCAGCAAUUUAUGAACAAAUGUGUUCUUCCGCCUUAAAAUUUGAUACUAUCUCUUCUUUUUUUGAAUGUAUGCACAAACUAAGUGGUUCACCACGAGAAAAUGUUUUCUAUGAAUUUUUUAAUAAGUUAAAUGGGCUAGAAGAAGAAGAAUCUGUUCGUUUAGUUAGUCAGUUAUUUCAAAUAAUGCAAACACAUCGAUGGAUAAUUACUUAUGAGAUUGCUGAAUGUAUUCAACGUUGGUUUGCAAAUUUGAAGCAUGAACGUUGGUCAGGAGUUUUAUCUGCAUUUGUUAAUAGGUUAGUUGUUACUAAAUUAUUAUGAAUCCGCUGUCAAACCGUAAAAUUUCUAUAGAGGCUAUUUAUGUUCAGUAUGUAGAAAAAGUCUACCACCACCAGACAUGUCACAGUUUCAUUUUCCCCAAAUGGCUGAUGCAUUUUAUGAAACAGUGAUAAAGGGGACAGAUAUUGAAAGUUUAUAUCUAACAGCAACAUCGAAUGAAGUUAUGACUCUAAAACGAUUUGUUGAUUCUCAAAGUGAACCCUUAGAUUGUAUUAUCGAUUUUAUGAAUCUUAUGAAUAUGCGCAAAUUUCUCUCUUCCGAUUCGUCAGGAUUGCAGGUUGCUGAGGUAACUUUAAUUUGCCCAACAAGUAACUCAGCAAUUUUAACUAUUUUCAUUGUUUACUGAAGUUCUCAGUACAAAUUAUCAUGUACAGGUUUAUGUACUCAGUGUUUAGCUACACUAUAUCGUGUAGAAGUUAAUAAUAUAAUCCUUAUUCUGAAACCGAAGCGAGUGGAUCAGAGUUCGAAUACACCACAUGCAGGUUGAACAGAAAUUACUUUACCUACUAAGCUACCACUCAAAUAUUAGUAGUUUAGUAUUUGACUUUAAACCACUAAAGUGUGACUGUGAAAAAGUUAUUGAUGUUUGCAUUUAAAUAUAUGUUUUAUAUUUAGUUCAGUAACCUGAACUACUAAGUUAUCAUCCGUGCUUACAUAAACUAGUAAUUUAACCUUUACAGCCAAUAUUCCUGCUAGUAAAAAGGGUUAUAUUUUCAAGAUAAUUGGUAUUAAUUUUUGAUGUUGACUUUGUCUGUUUCUGUAUCCGACAAAUAACAUACAUACACAAGUAAUAAGCUCCCAAGUAUUCAAACCACGCUAUUGCAGCAGUUCAUUUAGUUUCUAUUUAUUAGUAUGAAUCUUAUAACUAACUAGAUAUCUUGAUUAAUCUCAGUUAGACAGUCAGUCAAUGGUUGAAGAAAAUGACUCAGCUCAUUAAGUGUCGGCGUUACAAACUACUGUUCAUGUUCCACCUAAAUCUUUAAUAUCAUUUUAAGCACUGUCAUUUGAAGUCCUUGAAUAUAGUUGGAUAGUGAGUAUUAGCGGAGUCCAGGACGCGUGUUUCGCCAUAUUCAGGAGUCGUUAUUUAGAUGUACGUGUAUUCUAAUAUAGGCGUUCGAACCGUGACUCAAACCCAGCAUCUCGCUGAAAAAAAACAUGAAUUAUUUGCAAUAUUGAAGCAAUCCGUUCAAGGUGGAAAUAUGUUAAAGUAGACUGAACACUCAAACUUUCAACAACAGGAAGAUUCGAACACUUACAAAAGACCAUUAAAAGUCCUAAAAUUGUUGUCUUCAAGCUUUCUAUUACUUGUGUACAUCGUUUUUACUUUUGUUUUCUGUUCUGAUUUUUAAUAUAAUGUAUGACUACUCGGAUAUUCACCUACAUUAAGGUAUUACGCAGCCUCUCUCUCUGACUUCUGCAAGUAACAGACAUCCAUAUUUUUAUACUAAGUACAAAUAAACUAUUAAUUACUGCUGAUCUAUUUCAAUGACUUAUAAGAAUCAUCAUGCUUCAAAUAUUUAUAAUUUAGUUAGUUCCCUUUUAAAUUGUGUAAUGAUUUUGACAAUUCACAAGUCAUUUCCACAGAAAAGCCAAGUUAGUUUAUUUCAGCAUGGUAUUUAACUUAAUCAUCAAUAUCCUGGUUAAUAUGUAAGACGGACUAACAAACCGGUUUUGUUCUUGAUCGGUUAUAGUUAUCAGAAAGCAGUCACUAUAUGUAGUUGUUCGGGAUACUAUAUUCCCCAAAACGGCGUAAAGCAUUGAAGCUAACAGCUAGUUCGUGAACGAAAUUAAAUCCAGUCGUUAGAACGGAAUAUCAUUAUGACAGAAAAGCAGUAACUGUGUAUCCAAAGCUAAUUGAUUAUUCAUAUUACAUUGUCAUAUGUAAUACCUAAGCUAGUCUGUCUAGUGCUUUUACAUUUCAUUCGUCUAUCCGGCUGUUCCGGAUUUUACAUCCCCCAAGACAACGUACAGUGAAAGAAAUCAAUCUUAAUUAUUCACAUUGAUUUGAGAUGAUUUUCUCUCAGUUAACUCCAACAAACUGCCGUAACUUCUAUUCAUUAAAUUUCAGUAUCUGCCAGUUGUAUCAGUUAUUUGAUUCUCAAUAGACUUUCGUUGUAAUGAUUACUUCACUAUGAUUUUGUAUUCGGUGACAAUUACUUAGGUAACAAAACUCUGUAACUAAUAGUCACUGAGUCGAUAUAUAACUGAAUUGGCUUGGACGUAAAUCCAAUCUCAUCAAAUAAACGUUCUUAAUAAGAUGUGAUUUAUGGAGUAGUUGAAGACGGGGGGCAGGUCUGAAGCGAGUAAGAGUGUUUUGUAUGGUAUCACAGUUAUCACUAUUUAUUCUACAUCAAUAACAAUAGGGUAACCUAGUUUAAUGGCCACCUCCGCACUACUCAAGCUUUUUUAUCUCAUCAUGAAGAUACUGUCAUCAGACUGAGUUGACUGGUUAGUAAAAUGAAACAUUUAUUUAUCUCACGAGUGUCUCAGGCUUCUUGUCACAAUUUUUGCUCACUUUUUUAUGAAAUUGUUCUUUUCAUAAUCUGAUGCUUGACAAUUGAUGUUAUUUAUCUUUCUUUGAUUUUGUUGCUCUUGUAUCGUCAAUCUGUAUAGUAGAUUUACGAAUACGUCCUUUUUGGUAAAUAUCUCAUUUUAUUAUUAAGUUCAAGUGGUUCUAUUACAGUAUUUGGAUUUGAAAGCACUAGGUUUUUCGGAGUUUCCUCAAUAAAUCUCUUGAUUAAGGUUUUAAUGUAUAUUGAAAUCAACGAUAUUAUCAUGGCUUUUUAAAUACUCAUAAUAUUCACGAAUCCUUGGAGCCGUCAGUAGUACAAUAACCAACGUAUUUGUAAUCACAGUUUUUGAACCUUAAGUUUGGGUCUUUAUUUUUCGCUGCAGAUAUUUCUCAGUGACUUUUAAAUCAUCCAAAACUAUUGCGUUGUGAAUUUGUCUAACAAACCAGUGCAAGAUUGUGGUAACUAUCUAGGGAACAGAAAGUGGAAUACUUCGUUCCUCAUUACCAUUAUAUUCCACGUAAUAUAACAAAUUAGCACUUGGAAAAAGUUAUGCUCUUCCAAGCGGCUGCACAUCUCAACACAAAAAUGUUUUGAGACAGAUCAACAAAGAUUUCAAUCUUCGGCGUUUUUGUUUUGUCAGUAAAGGGAAUACAAUCAUACGUAAAUCAGAGUUUUGGAAUCCCAUUAAAAUGUUAGGAAAUCAGUUGGGUAUCUCUGUUCAAAAAUUCUGUACAAAUUCUUCAUCAGAAGACGAUGUAUUCCUCCUCUAUAUGGCGAUGAAGUCUGGGCCACAGUGUUAUAUAGUAUCUAAUGAUGAAUUCAAACAAUAUCGUUUUUCAUCAGGUCCAGAACUUGGAGAACAAAUUUCUCGGUGGCAGUCUCUCAGACAACUUGUACUACAACCUCGUGGUCGGAUAUACCAAGUAAGACUAGUUUUGAAUGCAAGUUCGUCUUAAGAUUCUGCACAGCUUUUACUAUUGCUAACUAAUAAUUUCAAAACCAUUAUUACUGCAACUGCAUACCAAUCUAAUUACUUCGUGUUCCUAGGAAUUCUUUUAUUAGGAAGUACAAUAAUAAUACAUGUAUAACAACUGAUUUAGUAUUUCAUUGUAGCUCGAUCAUAUUGAAGUUGAUUUGUAUAAUAUGGAGUCGUUUUCUCAAGGAUAUUUUUACCAACUCACUAUUUCGGUUGCUGAUUUAUGUACUCUGCUUUCAGGAGCUAAUUUCUUGGUGCUAACGUGUAACCUUAAUUUUACUGACUUAAUCAAACUGUAAUAGUCUGAGGAGCUAUGUUGCUUUGAAAAUUUGUUCUUUUAGGUCGUAUCAUGCUAAGCGGAUCUUUUGGGGGCUGGGACGGUGAUGAUUAAAUCAACAAAUUCAUUUUCCAAAAGCGAACCCGUACUGCUAGCUGCACUGAGGUGUGACGGCUGUAAGGUAUUUCCCUCCGGCAACGAGCAUUUUCCCUGAUUCUACCUUCUCAAAAUGAAGGGAGGAUUUAGAAAAGAUCGACCCUUAAUAUGUCCAACCUUGCCUUUCCCCAUAGAAUCGGACCUCCUAAUAAGUUAUAUGCUUCCUCAGUGUGGGCAUCAGAGAUAUGAUCACUCUUCUCAUACUUCUAAUAACAUGACUGGACAAACCGUAUCUUCAUCACCAAAUAUUACUUCUAGUCUGAUAUAUUGGAUGGUUUAAAAUAUUCCUCUCUCUCUGCAGUAUUGUAGUGAACAGAACAGGGGUGGGGACAAUCGGAUUGUAUUUAGCCCAAAAUUACAGUUACUCGGUAAGAUAGAAAAACCAUAUAGUAAAUCGUUAAUUUGCAAAAUAUCAAUCCAUCAUAUCAAACCGGACUGUUCCUGUUGUAAUCAUCAAUCCAUUGUCUCACAUUUCAUUGUUCAUGCGUUUUCUUACAAAUUGCAUUGUGUUCCCGCUCUUCGUUUCUUGAUCUUCCCCAUCAUCUGCUGCCAGACGUUACUUUUUUAACUCGCGCCGAAUACUACUUACAUCAAUAUAAGUAGCACGCACCACAGUAUUAUAUGGUAGUACAAUAAUAUGUUAAAACUGGUCUGGAUGACCGAGGUUAUAAUACCGCCAGAUUGAAUACUUGAGCGAUCCACUAUACACAGAAUAGAUCACAUGAUAUCAGAUGCACGAUUGACGACCAAGGAUAGAGAAUCAAAGUAACACUAAAUAAUACUUUAUUUCACACAAUUACAAGCAUUCACUUUUAGUGAGUCCGGAGUAGAAAUCAACAAUUACACAUUUCACAGAUUAAAAUCAUGAGUCAAUUGAAGCUAGACCACCAUGGAAAACCUGGAAGCACUAGACGGCCGUUUCGUCGUAGUAUGGGACUCCUCAGCAGUGCUCAUCCACGAUCCCGCACCCCGGUGGUGUUCAACCAGGUCUGUUGUGAGAUAUCAGCUCACUCAAGACAAUGGUGUACGGUGGCGCAACUUCGUGGAUUGGUUGAAGUUAGACAUUAACACCAUUGGAUACCGGCUCAGUGGCCUAGUUGAUUAAGCGCCUGGCGCGAGACUGAUGGAUCCCGGGCUCGAAUCUCGCGAGGUGCGGGAUCGUGGAUGCGCACUGCUGAGGAGUCUCGUACUAGAACGAAACGGCCGUCCAGUGCUUCCAGGUUUUCCAUGGUGGUCUAGCUUCAAUUGACUCAUGAUUUCAAUCUAUGAAAUUUCUAAAAUCUCCACAAACCCCUUCUGAUAAUUACAUAUUUGAUAGCCAGUAAGUUGCGUGCCGCUUUGACCCACACUCAGUGACUAAUCAAAUUUAAUUUCACUAUCAAACACCAUUCUUCCUCUAUUAAUCCUGCUCCAUCUACUUUUUCAACGUGUUACAUCAACUCUAAAGAUUCGAUUCAACAAAAUGCUGUACUAGGUCGUCCGAAACCGUUCUUUAGUGCUUGAACUCUGUGUAAAACCGAACAUCACUCGUCACUAAGAUGAGAGCCUCGUGCUAUUGAUGUGUGCUGUGACUCUAAACACUCAUAUGGUCAUUCACUUGACCUCACCAAACCACUAUGGAUGCUCAGAAAACCGGUGGUCCCUAGUAAGCACAAAUUUUACGCAUAAAGAUACUGUGUAAUCUGAGGAUCCCAAAAAUCAACACAACAGUGAGGACAAAUAAGUGAAAUUCCCAACAACUAUUGUUAGAGAACAUCAACAGAAGACUGGCGCUCCUACUGCUGUGCAUGCCUGUAUCUCAAUCAUGCCUUAGCGAUAGCUUUAGUGGACAUAAAGAUGUUACAGAAAGACCUAGAUAUAAGUUCGAAGACCUAAAAUGUUAAAGAUGCAUUUAAGGAAGAAUUAGCUGAGUACCUAAAGGAUCUUGCAGCAACAAAUUAUCAUUACCAAGCCUUGGAGAGAUAUGUGACAUCUAUCAACAGCCUGAAUCAAAUGGUUAAGAAAGACUAGUGGACUUCGGUGCCAUUCGUAAAAACUACCAACUAUCCCCAUUUUCAUACACAUAGUUCUUUUUGUUAUCUUGAAGAGAGCAAGAACGAAGAUUUAUGCAGAAUAAUAUGAAUUCAUUUUGUUUCAUUAGGUUCUUAUUAGCUGCUUACAACCUAUAAUAUUUUAAAAUCAACGUUAAUUGAUAUACUCAUAAAUACGGAGGUGAUUAGAAAUAAAUAUGUGUAUCAUGAUUUAGAGUUAAUAAGGUCGUAAAAAUCUUGUUUCGGAUAAAUAAAGGAUGGGAGGGAAACUUCCUGAUCAUUAAAAUAAUGAUUAGAACUCUUGGAGUUAACAAAGACUAGAUGUGAUGGAGCAACGGAAAACAGAUUAAUGGUAAUAAAGAAAGAUAUGAAUUGAAGGCGAUCAUUUAAGACUUAAAGAAAAAUCACAAUGAUGCAAUCAAACUUCAGAAAAAGGCGAAAUGAUGUAAUAGAAAGGAUGUAAUGUUACCAGGGCAAAUAAAGAUUUAUUACUGCCUCUUUUUAGAUAAAUAGAUCUGGAUUCGGACGUUUGAUCGCUAUCGCUACGGCAAAUUUGAAAAGAUUGGUGUUUGUUUGUUAAUCACUUUAGAAGAUUUCAGUGUAUCGACUUCAUGUCCUGUGUCAAGUAGAUGUUGUGAGUGGCAUUACUGAAUGUAUCGACGAAUGACCUGAUUCAUGUUAACAAGUGUAGACUACCUGUCUGGAGACUGAGUGAUAUGGAUCUUAGUGACGCAGGUGCAUUCACUCUAUUUUCCCUCCUAUAUUAAAUCCCAGGAUACCAUCAUACAGUCUCCCAGUCUUUUCAAACCAUAUACCUAAGAUCUAACCCUUUUUUCUCAUUACUGCCACAUUAAUUGAAUGUUUUCUUACCUCGUGUUAAUGUGGCAUGGUAGCUUAUGCCAACGCAUUCCUAUGGCAGGCUCAAUUUUGUUUAUGUACAUCUAUCACAAUUUUUGGUUGCUGUGCAUACGUUUCCCAUGUUUCAAUUAUAAAAGGCUUCGUCCUUUAAUUUCUCGCCCAAAAGGAGUGGUACAGUUAAACACAUUAACUCCACCAUAGAAUGGAUCUCUACUUAUUAUUUAAACACGUAAAUAUUAGUACAAAGGCUUACCAAAAUUUGUAUGCUCCACAGAAAAAUGGGAGUGUGAAAAAAUGAAGAAACGAGGAUUUUAUUAAAAAGGAAUAAAAGUGAUUCGAAAUUAGUAUAUGAGUGUAAGAAAAAAUAGUGAUGAAACAAGCAGUUCGGUGAGGAAAAAUAUGACUGUAUAAGGACACUUGGAUUAUAACCAAUACGGCUGAACACACGUUGCUCAAUUUCGGCACCACUAACAUAAGGUUGCCACUGGAUGUCAGCAAUUUUAUUUUUGAAACAAUAAUUAGCAGACAGAGAGUCACUUAACAUGCUCAACUCGGAGAGGCAAGGUCUCACGAGCACAGCAAAACUACUCUCACCGGCGCGUCCUAUAUCCGAGAUUUUACAGCCAGACUAACAUCACGAAGGCGUCAGAGAUCGCUCACAUUAGCACAAGUCACUCUGGCUUUCACCACAAAUGAAUUGAUCUCAUCAUUCACUCCACCAUCAGCUCUUAUAUAGCUAACCAGAUAUACGGACUUCUCGAUAACUUCUGUCUGCUCACUACCCAGAAUAAGUGGAGGUUCAGGGUCCUGUCAGCCAUGCACUUAGAAGGUGACAAGCACAUGCCAUACCUACGGACGCUGGUUUCCAGCUGAAUAAGUGCGUAUUGCAUGGCUUCGCUGUUACCGCACAGUAAGACAAUAUCAUCCGCAUACUCAAGGUGGAAAAGUUCCUUCAGGCAAGAGAUCUACUUCGUCAUUACUUACGUUAAUCUGAGGUGUUUCCAGAACGUCAUCGAUGACAAACUUGAAGAGGAAUGGUGAGCUUGGGCAAUCCAACCUAACCCCACUGCUUGGAUGAAACAAUGGAAAGAGGUGGUUGUAUGUUCUCACUCUGUCUGAGUUGUUUGUAUAUAGGGCUUUCAAGAUGUAAAUGGACUUCCCAGGUACACCCUUCUUCAAUGGAUACUCCCAGAGUACAGCCCUGUCCAACCAAUCGAAGACGAUCCUAAUGCAAAGAAACAACGAUUGUUGGCCUGUGAUGAGUAUGACGAUGUUGUGACAUUUGGCGGAGGAUGAAUAUAUGGACCGUAUUUCCUCGAAUAGAAUCCACGAAGUUGACGGAAAUCGUGUAGAAUGAUAUGCCUCAAGGAGUUGUAAGUAGCUUGUAGAAAACGCAGUGCCUAUAAGCGGAACAUCUAGCGAACGCGCAAGCCACUUUAUUUGCCGUUCCCAUGGCAUCAUGUAAAUCCAGCCGGUGCUGGUCUAUACUUCUCUGUGAGGUGACAGCCAUCCUUGGACCUAGCCCGGUUUCAUACAUAAUUGCAAUAAAGGCUGCAUUUAACUUGGCUACAUCGAUCCGUUUAGGAAAAUAAAUUGUUAGCCAUUAAAAAUUAAUAUAAGAUUGGCGCAGACGAAGACAUGAUCAGAUCCCAGAUAAGUGCUCUAAAAGAAGCGGCGGUCUCCUACACAGCCACGACGGCAUUAGCUGACACCGAUGGGACCAAUCUGAGUCCGAGCUUGAGAUUUAGUGAAAGAACGCCAUGUACUACAUUGGAAAUGACUGUCGUGCCACCAGAAAAUUCCUGUAGGUCACAAAAACGAUUGGUUAGUGCAGUAUUCGUGUGAGGUUGUGACUUGAGACCGUUUAAGAAGAAAGACUUUCCACUAUAGGUGUGCUACCUAAUGAAUGUGAACAAAAUAAAAUAAACAAAUAACGUGAUCUAAAAAAGGACGAAUGGUACCGAAUAGUUCUCAUGAUGAUGGUUGGAGUGAGCAUAAUUUUCCCCAGUUGUCGGCACCAUUUGAGUUGUGUGAACUAGAAUUCUGCCCAGGUGCCCAAACGGUAGUAGGUGGUUUCCUUAGGGGGUCGCUGUCCGGCCCUUUGACCUGGAGGUCCGAUACACAAGGAGAUACAGCCUCAUGGUAACCAGUGACCAAGGUUAGGUUCAUACACCAUUUGUUUACUUAGUAUCCCUAGCCCAUAUGACCACUGUUUUGAAAUCAGAGUUUUCCAAUUCCCCUAGGUGAUUUCCCCGUACCACCAACCCGGCGAAGACUACAGACAUUCCCUUUUAGUCUACCAAAACGGAUGUUUCAUAUGCAAUAACCGGUGCGAGAGGGUAGUAAUUAGUGUUAUGUCCCAUAGCCUGUCAAAUAUCACGUGACGAAAUCACUAGUCAGAAUACCGACUAUAUGACUCUGUCCCUAUGUUAAACCAAUGAUAUGUUAACCAACUCUGUAUAGUAUCUACUUGCCUAGUCCAAAAUGUAAAAUCCAGCCUCUGAUAUAUCAAGCAUGUUUCAGACACAUGCGGUUUAUAUACAAGCAGACCAAACCGUAAAGCAUAAAAUGUAAGCUGAAGGUCUACCAGCGGAUAUGGACAGUCUCACCCCAAAUGCCCUGGUACGGCCAAUAUUGGGGAGUCCGCUCUCCCUGUCCAGGUGCUCUCACAUGGCCGUGCAUACACAGCCACUGCUAGGGAAGUCUUGCUCACUGUCUUAUCACGAGGAGGGGCGUUUACAAAAUUGAGAAGACAGAAACCCAACGUCCGGCGUUUUGACCUGGCUGAUCGAUAUGGAAAAUCCAUCUGGAAGAAAACGUGCUUCCAAAACAGUGGUGCACAUGACCUCCAGGAUCUUGAAGGGAGAAAUGGCGUGCGAACCUAAUAUUGGUCACUAACUACCAUGGGACUGUGUCUCCUUACGUUGCUUCACUGCCUAGUGGAUUAGACAUCUGGGUCAAGGGGUCGGGCUGAAACCCCCUAAAAUAACAUUUCGGUUUUAGCUUCUGGGCACUAUUCCAACCUUCACAAAAAUCGAAUGACGGAGUGUGGAACUUACAUAUUUAGUGCCUCUUUGUACCAGUUGUUUAAAUAAAUAAAUGGACAACCGGUGGUCUUGCAGUUUUAGUUGACACCAUAAAUUCCAGUUCGUUUUCAUCAUUACCUGGAUAAAAUUUUUAAAUAUAUUUAUUCAUUUUGUUUACAUGAAUUUACAUGUUAUCUUUCAGAAACCCUCAAAGUGUGACUUGUGUGUACAUGGUAACCUAGAAACCGGUUGGCACAUCCCUUAUUAUAAAGGGCACCACCAGAAAUUCCACACUGCAGUCGAUUCGUGGCUUUGUUUACAUCGUUUGAAAUAAAUUUUUGCGGCAAGACAUUCGUUUUCAUAGUUCAUACCCUGAAACAAUUUUUAAGUGUAAAUACAUAACAAAAAAUAUUUUGAGUUCAAGUUUACAUCAUAAUUUUCCUUUUAGUAGUUGUUCCAGUACGGUACUUCCCAGAAUACACCUAUUUUUUAAGUAAUGGCUUGUCCUAGUAUCACAUAACGAAGCUUGGACAAAUAAAUACUAGAUGUGUGGUUGAAUGUUGUAGUAGUGGUGAUGGUAUAUCGACUAUGCGUAGUUGGUGUAUGAUCAUCUUUGCUGCAUAACUAUUACGGGACAAAAUGGCUAAUGCAUCAUUCGAUAUCCUUACAAAAUGAACUGCGGUAAAUUAACGUGUUUAAACGAUAUUUUGCAGGUAACUACAUGUUGCUAGAUUUUAGUCAGUAAUACUGCUCUAGAUAUCCCGCUUAAUUCCUACCUAUUUUGUAAGACAUGUGAGUUGUGUUUUGCUAAUAGCUUAUAUUACCACUAAUAAUGUUACUACCUUCGCUGCUUUGGGAUUUGCCCUGACAGUCUGAUCUUGUGCAAAUGGAGUAUGGCUUAUUAAACCGAUGUACACACGUAUCAAGUUUUACUGACUACAAAUUUGGUUAAUACUGUCGCAAUUUUCGGCUCAAUUCGUCGGCAACUAAGAUCUAAUAGCUGCGUUUGCCACUGGAACGCAGGCCAAGGGAUUACAUCAACCAACUUAAGUUUAUUUACCCAAAAAUUUAGGAAGUUACAGGAUGUGACGAAUCGGCACAUGCAUUUACUAUGUUAUGUAUCUACCUUCAACCUUUAAAUUGUCAUAGAUACAAAAUCCUGUUCUAGAUGCUUGCUUCUGGACUGAUUUGAAUCAGUGGCUAGUCUAGUGUUACAGUGUAUUGCCUGUUUCACUUGUUCCAGAAUUUCCACCAGUAGUAUUGUUUCGGACAGUGAUGAAACCCAAGCACUCGUAAAAUUUGUUUCCCUGACUAUACAAGUUAUCUGUCAACCAGCAGUUCGUUUGAGAUAUGAUCUUUAAAAGUGGAUACAUGAAAUUGCUGUUAUUACAUAUUCCUCGAAGCACUGCUUGCAUGUGUUCGGAUCACCGUAUGAUCGGUGUUGAGGCAAAGUUUGAUGAACUUGAUAAAGACGUUAAACUGGUGCGUGACUGAGAUAGGCCCAGCUACACCCUACUCCUACCCUGUCCUUGGAUGUUUAAAGCUAUGUUGCAUCAUGAAUAUAGUAGUUAAUCUAUUUGCCUGCAGUAAAAAAUCGUAAUACUCUCCCAUUGAGUCACAAAGCUUAUUAUAAAGAUAUAUCUAUUCCUAUUACGAGCAUGUUAGUGUAUACCGAAUAGAAUAAAUUAGCCAGUAAACUAAACUUUUGAAGUAUAGAACGCGAACUUCAUGAACAUAUAUUUUUCUUAGAAACAUAACUAAACACAAAGUUUUACAUAAAAAUAACUUCUAACUGCCAAUAGAGCAUGAAUAAGAAAAACAGCGUGAAGGAGUACAUAGAAAGUAACAAAGGAAAUAAAUCGGGAUAUGCUACAGGAGGUUUAUUCAGUAAGUCACCGAUAAUCAAGAUACUAUAGCCAAUAAGAAUAAAAAGAAUGAUAAAUAUAGAGAUGAUAUUAUUACUGGUAGCACUAUUUUGUAAUUUCUUUUUCUCAGCAACAUGUUUAUCACUAUUGUUACUUUUAAGUAUUAUAAAACAGCCUAGAAUGGUAUGUAUACAUGUUAAACAUAAACUAGCCAAUUGUAAACCGUCCUUUUUAAAUAAUGGCCACAUACUAAGAGUAGAGCAUAAAGAGAACAAAAAUGACGAUAUGGGAUAAAAAGGUAGCAAACACAAAGCAGGGAUAGACACUAACAAAAUUGAUUUUUCAUGAACUUGGAAGGAAAAUAGGUAGAAAUUUAACGCACAUAGUGCUAGAGAAAUCAGAAAUUUUUGGUUUUUAGACUUCUUCAAUAAAACUAUACAAAAUGGAAGGCAUGUAGUCAGUACGAGCAGGACACUAACCCACACCAGUUUAGUAGACGAUAAGGUUAAGGAUGACGUAGGAAGUGAACGCCACUUUACUAGCGGUGAUGUAGCACACCAAAAAUUAGAUACUUUAUCUUCGUAAAUACCGCGAUCAAACGGAAAUAAACGUCGGACGACUUGAAAUGAAAGAUUCAAAUCGGUUGUUAGUAAAAACGGUGCAAAUAUCAAAAAUACUGUCAAGAAAACGACACAGCUCAGUCUAGCUAGAUGUGUUAUUCCACUGCGCACAGAUUUUCUGUAAAUACAGUUGCUUAAUAAAAAGAAAAAAAUUGGCAACGCAUGAUAUAGUUCCAUUUGUUUAUAACCUAUGGCUAAACAAAAUAAUAUAGAACCGAGCAUAUCCCACUCUAGGAGGAGGAAAUUAAUUCCGCUCAAAUAUAAACCAAGACUGAUACAAUUAUAUUGGAAGUGUCCAUGGUCAAUCAAUAUAAGACCAGGAUAAGUUAAUGUUAGGCAUGCUGAAUAAAAUCCACUAAUUUGUGACUUAUUAUUCAUAAUGCUAGGCAGAACAUAAUAAAAAUACAGUAAUACAGAAGGUAUAAAAAACAAUAAGUCAGCUACCAGUACAGUAUAACGCAUAAACAAUUUGUGCUCUUUAGAUUCGAAACCCCUCGAUGUGUACAACUGAACCCAAUCACGGUCAAUUAUAUUAGCUAGUUUACCCAUCAGCCAACUAUGAUAUGCCGUAACAGGUGGAUAAUCUAACCCCCAAUAAUUUAAAUCAUUAUGUGUUGAGUUGAUAUACCAUUCUGCGGAUGGUAAAUUAACGGUGAUUUCCAUCCAAUGACGUUGAGCUUCAUAGUCACCAUACAUGGGUGGUUUAUUUUCGCCGGAAUAUGGGUGUAAACUGGUAGAUGAGCGUAAGGCUAUUCCAAUGAACAUAGGUAGACAAAUUUUAACCAAGUUAUCGACAUUCACAUUUACCAUGACUGUUACGAUCCGUUGUACUAUAAAAUUGGAUAGAGAAAACCAAGUCGAUCGGUUAAUAUCUAAUGAGCAGUAAAACGCCGUUACUUAAUUACAGAUAUCUCAAGAUAAAUGAAAUACUACAAUAAAUACUGGGAACUUUUUGGAAGAUAUUUUGGAUCAGAGUCACUAGUAAACGUUAACUUACCAACAAUAAAACAAGUUUUGCGUAGCAUAAAUGAUCACAUUAGGCAUAAAAGUCAAUUUUAGUUGUUUAUAGACCAUAUACCUUAGUUUCAUGUAUAUUAUAAAACCACAACAAUCCCAAGUCUUCGAACAUUUCAGUAUCUUACUCGAAAUAUUCAUUUUCAACGACCAACCACUAAAAACCUACUUAAGCACGUGUACGUAAUUGCUGUCCUUCAAGAGCAAUUUCUUCUAGGUACAUUAAAAACGUAAAUUUGAUAAUAGAAUAAUAGAUGAGUAAAUUUGAAAUACUAUCUCACAAGAGCAUAGGACAUAGUACUAAUAGUAUAAGUUACAUUUUCUAAGUUUAUAAUUCCUUGUUCGCUUUACAUGAUGGCUUUUCAGCUUACGGGAACUAGUUGUUACACACCGCAUACUAAGAUAGGAAAAUGUGACGAGUCAGGAACAGUUUAUUUACCCUUGCACAAAAUGAGUAAAUUUUAAUAUUCAAAUAGUUGUUACUACCUUAAUAUUCGUAGGGAAAACGUGCUUCGUGAAGUUGAUGAGUGCUAUCCCAUUGAAAGUAGUAGCAGAGAGUGGAAACAUGGAAUGAUGAAUGUAUUUCUAGCAAAAUCUAACACACAAGUUAUAUGACUUGUGAUGCCAGAUAAUUUGUGAGUAAACUGAAGUCGGAAGUUUAUCUUCCAGUUUCUGGGUAGUUAAAACAAACUGACUGAUAACAUUAGGUGGGUUAGGAGUAAUUAAACACACAUUCAUUACUUCAUUGUUGUUGGAAAUGAUCGCAAUAGUGAGCACACCAACAGCUCCCACGAACAAUUAACAAUUUCAGGAUACCUACUAGUUGUAAACAGAUAAUUUUGUACAAAAAUUAAUUUUUGUGUCCGAGUAUGGAAAUGAAAUCCAGCUAGCGACUAAGUGAGGGGAAACACACAUAGAAGGGAUAUUGGAUCGCCACUAGAAGACACGCCACGGGUUGACAUAUCAACUGGAAUACUAACUCUUUUCACUGAGGACAGGAUGAAAAAAAUCGUUAGUUUGUAUGGAGCUGCCGAUUCGCAAUUCGCCUUUCCAAUCGAAUCUAAAGAGGCAGAUUAGGGAAUCAGUGCACAGAGGCUGUUACAACUAAGCAACCAUCUCACGACUAUGUAGAAAAUCUCUCCCUCCGUGGUAUGUUUCAGGCUAGAAUUUUCGUGAUUACGGCGAGACCCUAAUCUAUAUAUGGGGUUUUCAUCACAAACUGACAUCAGCUCCCGAGCUCCCAAUUUCGGGGAAAACUUGGCACAUUUUGGGGAAAUUCCCCAAAAUUCCCCUUUAACCUUGGUAAAGGUCAUCUGACUUCGAGAGUUUGCCCAAAGUUGGGAGCUCGAGCUAUAAGGCCAGAAAUUUAUUUAACUAAGUGCAUGAAAGGCUAUCGCGUUGAACCCAGAGAUUUAUUAUCUUAUACCUGACUGAUUCGUCCACAAAUGAUAGUCUUGCAGUUUUAUUUGUUAUAGCCGCUCAAUUACCACGUUUUUUACAAAAUUCCGUGUGAGCCGACCAUACGUCAGCAUUAAGCACUGAAGUUGGCGCUGUAACCUUGAUAUCUCUAAGACGCUUCUGAUUGGUUCGUCCAUAAAAUAGUCUCGCCAGGUGAACAUAGAAGACAUUUAAAUGUUCAAUCGAGCAAUUGCGUUGUGACUAUAGAGUGUGAUCAACGUUAAGUGUUAGAGAUAGCGGUCACGGUUAGAGUUCGUCUGAAUAGUUUAGGUUUAACUAAAUAAAUUACAUGUUUUCUGUGAACGAGGAUAUACUCAGACUUUGUUUGCUCCUACGUAAUUCCAGUGCAACAGCAAGCUUAUUUAAAACAGCCCUCUAAUGAGUUGUU